AUGGGAUCGUUCGUCAGACGACAGAUCACCAUGGCAGAUUUGAUUAGCAAGGCUUAUCAACUGGAUCCCAGAGCAAAAUACGUCGGUUUUUACGAAUUUCUCACGCCGAUAAUAGUGCUGUGCGAUUUGGAUCUGAUCAAGACUAUCACCAUAAAGAACGCCGAAAACUUUCCGGACCAUCGUCCGUUAGUGAACAAAAAAGUAGAUCCCAUGCUAGGAGGAAUGCUAUUCAUGCUGAACGGUGACCAGUGGAGGGAUCACAGAAAUAUGCUGUCGCCGACGUUCACCUCCAGCAAGAUAAAAACCAUGUUCAAACUGAUGUCGGAGUGCGCGAGCAGAUUUGCCGAGCAUUUGUCGAAUCUGCCGGAGGAGCAGCGUGAAACAGAGAUGAAGAGUCUGUUGACGAAAUACACGAACGACGUGAUCGCCAGCUGCGUCUAUAACGUGUCCGUCGACUCUAUCAAGGAACCGAAGAACGUGUUCUACGUGUACGGUACAAUAAGCACGUCGAUGGUGACGUUCAAGAAGUCCCUGAUGUUUCUGGUACACAGGAAUGCUCCGUGGUUAGCGGAGCUGCUGCAACUCAAGUUCGUGGAUAGUCACAUUGCCAAAUUUUUCUACGACCAAGUGGCAGAGACGGUGGAAACCAGACAACAGACCGGCACUCGUAGGUCGGACAUUCUGCAGCUGUUCAUGGACAAUAACAAGAAAAGAGAGCCGGGGAACGAGAUGACCGUACAAGAGAUGGUGAAUCACGCGUUCACCUUCUUCUUUGGCGGUUUCGACUCCGUCUCGUCGCAAACCUGCAUAGUGGCGCACUUGUUAGCCGAGAAUCCGGACGUUCAGGAAAGGGUGCAGCAGGAGAUCGACGAGACGUUGGAAAACAACAACGGAGAGCUGACCUAUGACGCGAUGCACGACAUGAAGUAUCUGGACGCGGUGAUUAGCGAAACCUUACGACUUUAUCCGAUCACCUCGUUCAUAGACAGAAUGUGCGUCAAAGAUUUCGAAUUGCCGCCGGCGCGACCCGGUGACAAACCGUUCACCGUCAAGGCAGGAAUGAACAUCUGGAUUCCCGUUGCUGGAAUCCACCAGGACCCGAAAUAUUAUGAGAAUCCUUUGAAAUUCGACCCGGAUAGAUUCUACGAAAACAACAGAACGAUCGCCAAUUCGGGCGCGUACAUGCCGUUCGGUCUUGGGCCGAGGAUGUGCAUUGGCAACCGAUUCGCGCUGACAGAGAUGAAAGUGUUGCUCUGUCACGUUCUCGCCAAAUGUAGCAUCAAGCUCGCGCCGAGAACCAUCACCCCGUUGCAGUUUGAGAAAGGUGUGAUCAACACUACCGGGAAAAAUGGAUUCUGGCUGGCCAUCGAGCCGAGGAAAAGUUCUUACUGUUUUUCUACCGUUUCUGCCAGCGCUGUUUCCUCUAGCUGA